AUGGGUAGAUUCUGGAAGACCCCCGGUCAACUCUCUCUUCUCGCAGCUCUGAUCCCAAGGCUGGUGGAGGCCCAACCCCUGGCCCAGCGGAAGUCGUGGCUGGUGGGGCUGGGGGCUGCGCUGGCCUUUCUCUUCCUCAUCUUUGUCCUCACCUUGGUCUACGCCGUCUGGUGCUGGGAGUCCCAGGACAGCAGUGAAGAGAAGGAAGAGGAGACUGUGAGAAAGGAGAAGGGAGAGGACGACUGGGGGCUGGAACUGGAGGAGACAGAGGGGCCUCCGAACCAUGAAGCAAUGGCAAGUUCCUCCACAUGA